UGCGUACUGCGUCACCAUAGCUGUCACUAAUGUCAGUGUCACGAGCUGACUGAUCUGGUUUGUCGUGGAUCGUGCAAUCAUUCCACAAGUUGAAUUUAAUUUGUCAUGUAAAUUUGUAGAUCAAAUCUAAAUCCCUUUCUCCACAUACCGUAGCAACACCCUUCGUACCGUUAACACAAAAUGGCUAAAGUAUACAAAGCUAUUAUCAGCGCCUCUGAUAAGUUUGUGCCGAAUGCUUUUCGUCCACUAUGGGAACAUCCAGCUGGUCCAAAGACGAUAUUCUUCUGGGCACCGGCAUUUAAAUGGGCUCUUGUAAUGGCGUCUUUGGACGAUUUCCGUCGACCACUGGAGAAGGUGUCCACUACGCAAUCUGGGAGCUUGGCCGCGACUGGCUUCAUAUGGACUCGUUAUUGCCUCGUCAUCGUCCCUAUUAAUUAUUCACUUUCGUUGUGUAACUUUAUGCUGGGUUUGGCUAACGGUGUACAAUGUUUCAGAGCGUACAGGUACCAGCAAAAGAUAAAAACUGAUAAGGAAGCAUAAUUUAAAUGCGUAAGAAUACAAUGACGUUAAAAUACGCAUCAUAUAAUCAUAUAUCUAACAAAUGAUUUAUCAACUAAAUGAUCCUGUCAUUAAGCUAUAUACUUUAUGUACAACAGGCAAGCCAAUUGUUCUUUGCUCUCGAAUACGAAAACGCCACUAAAUACUUUUAUUACUUAUCUAUUUUACGUUCUAUUUUAUGUUCUAUACUAUAGAUUUUAUGAAUUUCAAUAGAUUUUAUAUGGAUUUUUGCUAUUGCAAUUCUCUGAAUUUAUAUUUUAGGCCUGGUACCAAAAUACCAGGUACCUAUCUUAUCAAGUUAUCGCACACUGCUUUGUUUACAUAAACGCGUAUGUAUGGGGCACUCACGGCGAUAGUGCUAAAUUAACAUAUCUAAUAUAAUAAUAUAACGGAAUAGACCCCCUGCUUAAAGGGCAGGCGUGGCCCCAAAAUAGUGCGCCGCUCUUUUUAACUUACUACACCACAUCCUUAAGUAGAGUUACGGUCCCUUGAAAUCGGUUAGUGUAAUAAUAAACUUUUUAGAGCUAACUUAUUUGUUAAAUGUUUCAAGUCUUGGCAUUUUUACAAAGAACCUACUUGUGUAAUAACAAAAAAUGCUUGUCAAUUUUUACCUAACACAACUAACAUGCAUCGAAUAUUUAUUAAAGUAAUUUCUGAAGUCAUUGCUUAGAAGAUACUUGUUCUAGCUACAUGUAUUAUAAACUAUUGUAUAUACUAUAUAUGAUGCUUAAUUUCCUCCACUAAUAUUUUAUACUUAUUUCCUUCUUAAAUAUAUAUAAGUUGUUAUUCUAAUCAGGUCUGCCUAUGUACACCUGGCUGCUACG